UGCGCAGUCACCCUUCCGGCCAUUCCUACGCUGGGCGCGCAUCUCAAGAUGGCGGGCGCCGCAAUAAACACGCUGCUUAGGCGCCUUCCUGUCCUUUCGCCCUUCCGAAGUGCCUACGGAGUUCAGGCUCCCCUUCAGAGUUUUUGCACCAAAGCCCCCGCUGAGAAAGACUCUUUGCCCCCACUUCCCAUUUCCCCUUAUGAAGAUGAACCCUGGAAAUACCUGGAAUCAGAAGAAUACCAGAACCGCUAUGGUUCCCGCCCUGUCUGGGCGGAUUACCGCCGCAACCACAAAGGUGGUAUACCGCCACAGCGGACUCGAAAGAUGUGUAUUCGUAGAAAUAAAGUUGCUGGGAAUCCCUGCCCCAUCUGCCGGGAUCAUAAGUUGCAUGUUGACUUUAGGAACGUGAAGCUGUUGGAACAGUUUGUCUGUGCCCACACGGGUGUCAUCUUCCACGCUCCGUACACAGGCGUCUGUAUGAAGCAGCACAAGAAGUUGACCCAGGCCAUCCAGAAAGCCAGGGAUCAUGGUCUCCUUAGUUACCACAUUCCCCAGGUUGAACCCCGGGACCUUGACUUCAGUACCUCCCACGGAGCUGUGAGUGCUACUCCUCCAGCCCCCACCCUGGUUUCUGGCAACCCCUGGUACCCGUGGUACAGCUGGAAACAGCCACCAGAGAGAGAACUGUCCCGCCUUCGUCGGCUCUAUCAGGGUCAUCUCCUAGAAGAGAGUGGCCCCCCACCUGAGUCAAUGCCUGAGGUGCCUCCCACAAUACCGGCUGAAGCCUCCACUGAGCAGACGGGUGGCCAGAGUGCUCCGUAGGGGCCGGAGCCUGGGAAGGGAGCCCGACUAGGAAGCUGUGCCUAGGGUUACACGGUGGGAUGUUACCCUGAGGAGUUUUGCCUUUGGCAGACGCAGGAAGGAAAUGAAUGUUGUAGGGGAUGGAUCGGAGGCUGCGGGAGGGAAGCUCAGAUGUGUAUGGGAAACCCCAGCCCCCGUGUAUUGUGAAUAGACGGGCUAAACAUGGUGUUGCUUUCAGACUUCUGCCAACUCAGUUUUUCUAUAAUAAAGCUGCAUCUCCUGUCUCUGA